AUGAGACCGCCUGUGCCUGAGGUUUCCAUGCCUCGAUCCCGCAAGUCCUCCUUUGAACAACAUCGCGUUGAUCCCCGCACCGCCGCCCCCGCGACCUUUUUCCUAGCCCGCGGCCAUGCUCAACACUCGGAGGAGGACGAAAAGACAGAGGAGGAGCGGGAGGAAGGAGUGUUCGAACAGUCCAGAUUCUCAAGGGACAGUAUGUAUGGCGUGCAGAGUCUCGAGGACACGAUGCACGCUGCCAGCUUUCCCACUGGGGAUCGACCUUCUGACGAUCAUCUCAACAUCAACAUCCCCGACAGUAAUAACGGGGAGGACGCUGAACGACCACAGCUAGCACGUCGCAGAUCAACGCUCAAGCAGUUGGGCAACCUUCGAACAGACACCUCCCUGCAGCCGCCUUCAGAUCGUGCUUCAUCCCGGCCUUUAACCCCGCUUAACCUCGACGACCCCCUGUCUUUACCCAGCAGUCCAAAAUCCAUCUCGAAUCAGUCCAUGAAGCACCUGGAUGACAUUUCCAUCACAGACGAGCUAAGCAGCCAGGCGGUGGGCUCCGAGGAAGAGGACAAUGGAGUAUACGAGGCGCAGAUUCCGACCGGUUUCGACUGCACCUCUCAACUGAUCAUGCCCAGUAUUAGAAUGCCUAGCCGACGACCAUUUACGGGGCGAGGGAAAGCCAUGGGUCGCUUCAAGGUGCUCGUAGCAGGCGCUUGUGGUUCCGGCAAAACCUCUCUUAUUAAAUCCAUUGUACAAGUUUGUGAUGAUAUUGUCCACGUCGAUUCUUUCCCCUCUCCAGCGUCCUGGAAGAAUUUAUCUCGAUCCAAUACUCAGACAUCGCCGGCGAUUGCCUCGGAAAUAUACGCCAGUACCAAACCUUACCCUCCGUGGUGGUCGGACCUGGAGGAUUCGCGCGUUCUACGGAGGAGGAAGAGUAAUGGCGAUGUCGUGUUGGAACGGAACAUCUGCUUCGUCGAUACUCUACCAAAUUCCCUGAGCAGAGUUGGGCAGACUGACGCUAUUGUGCAUUACAUGCAGCAACAGCUUCUACGGGCCACGACGGCGGUCGACUCUUCCAAGGCUGAUUUCCAGAACCUACUGGCUGGGAACGGUGGUGCACAAGUGGACGCUGUUCUUUACCUAAUUUCAGAAGACACACUUGCGACGGAUAUUGAAUGCAUUGGGAAACUCUGCGAGUGGACGAAUGUCAUUCCGCUGAUUGGCAAAUCAGAUUUGAUGACUCCGCGUCAAGUAUCCGCUCUUAAAUCGAGCUUCCGUGAAAAGGCAGAGGCAGCUUCGAUCAAAGUCUUCCUCUUCGGAAACGCGACUGGGGCAGACAAACCCGCCUUCGACCUGCCAUUUGCGGUCUCAUCUGCAAAGACGGAUGAUGACGAGAUCAUGGACGCCAGCACGUUGAUGAGUCCCGACUAUGUCCAUCCCUUGAUGCCAUCCGAACUGUCUCUCCUUAUCCAGAAAAUGUUCGAUCACGACAACAUGGCAUGGAUUCGACAUUCAGCCGCUCGAAAGCUUGUUCAGCAGCGACACGACCAACCGCAGCACUGGGAAAUUGCUCCACGUCCCAGUUCCCCAUUUGGGGGUCAGAGCGCCAUGUCCAGAUCAGCCUUCUCCGUCCUCUCAGCUAGCUCCGUGGACGGAGUCACAUCGCUGCCCAGCGGACGGUACCCGAGCUAUACCAUGGCUCGGAUAUCGGAUUACACGCGACACGAGGAGAAGAUUGCGCAAGUCCAGUUGGCAAAGUGGGCCUCAGAAUUGCAACGAAGUCUCCAGAACGAACGAGAAAGAUAUGCCACAUUAGCUAGAGGCGAGCGCGCCGUCUGGCUCACAGAAAGACUGGGAGAGUGUGUUGUGGACGGGACUCUGGUGCCGAUCACCCAAACCCCGGGAUUCGGUGGGCUUCGCAUCCCCACAGAUAAAGCCGGUGGUGGAUUGCUAGUGCGCACCCCGGACGGGCAAAAAGUGGAAUACCGGAUCGCCAACCUGAGUCGGCACGACCCACUGGGUCUUGUGUGGUGGUCGGAAGACCUCCAACGCCGCGGAUGGGCAAUCGUCCAGAUCGUGGGCAGCCUCGGCGUAGUGGGAGGGCUGGCCAUCUGGCUUGCAAAGGCCUGGGGUCUACCCUCGCGCAGUCUAUCUGAGUGGCGGUUCGAGUGGUGCGGCACAUGUGAAUGA